CCGAGAUUGUAUUCUAUCCCAAUUGUGGUUGCGUGUCUGCUCUGACAGUUGCACAUAGUUGCACUCACGCACCGUUAAAAGAGACUGCUGCAGUUUCCUCUGGCUUACAACCAUGGUGGCGAUACACGUCUCCUCGCAAGACAUCGAGCGAGCCUCGCUUCACACUUCCCGGCCACUGUGGGCGCAUGCUUACGCCGUUCCUUUCCUUUUACUAUAUCCAAUUUGGGCAUAUGCGUAUUACUUUAAAUAUGAUGACUGGGUGAAGAGCGAGGAAUGGACGUUCCUCGGAUGCGUGGCCCUCGGUGCCGGUCAUGCGCUCAGUUUCCUGGCGACUAGAUGGAGUGCUGGUGCGAAGGCACUUAUAACCUCAGGCAGUGCACAGAACGUUGAAGAAGCGGAUCUCAUCCGUCUGGUACCUUUCAAACACAGAGGUAAAGGAGAGAUUGUACACAUAACGAAGAAGCGGUCUUCAGGUUCGCUCAUACCGGCUUACUCGUUCAACUAUCAAAGAGACACGUAUGUGUACAACCCAACCACAAAUUCUUUCGAAGCACGCCCCUAUCCAUCCGACUCUCGGCCUCCUCUUUCAUCUUUCGCUUCACCUUCUGGUGUGGCGGGCACAAGCGUAGACUCGUUGAGGGAACUUUAUGGGAUGAAUGAAUUCGAUAUCCCUAUUCCUUCCUUCACGGAGUUAUUCGGUGAACAUGCCACCGCCCCUUUUUUCGUCUUCCAGCUAUUCUGUGUUGCACUUUGGUGUUUGGAUGAGUACUGGUACUACAGUCUCUUCACUGCCUUCAUGCUCGUCGUGUUUGAAUGCACCGUUGUUUGGCAACGAGUAAGAACAUUAACUGAAUUCCGUACAAUGUCCAUCACGCCAUUCUCUAUUCAAGUUCUGCGGGAUGACAAAUGGGAACAGAUCCAAACAGACAAGCUUGUUCCAGGUGAUCUCGUUUCUAUUGUCCGAGGGGUGAAGGAAGAGACCACAGUCCCAGCCGAUCUACUUCUCAUCCAAGGCACAGUGAUUGUAAACGAAGCAAUGCUUUCCGGAGAAUCCACUCCUCUGCUCAAAGAGUCCGUUGAGCUCCUAGAAGGAGAUGAAAGGCUCGAUGUUGAUUCUCAGCACAAGGGCAAUAUUCUUUUCUCUGGAACUAAAAUUCUUCAAGCUAGUGGUGGCACGAGUCUUGGAGAUCGGAAGAUCACGACACCAGACGGAGGCUGUUUUGCUGUUGUGUUAAGGACUGGCUUUGGGACGUCACAAGGACAACUCGUUCGAACGAUGAUCUUUUCCACAGAGAGAGUGUCGGCAAAUAAUUUAGAGUCUUUCUUAUUCAUUGGCUUCUUGCUCAUCUUCGCUAUUGCUGCAAGCUGGUAUGUCUGGGUCCGAGGAAUUGAACGAGGCUUGAAGAAGUCAAAGUUGCUCCUUGAUUGCAUUCUCAUUGUCACCAGUGUUGUCCCUCCGGAGCUACCUAUGGAGCUCUCACUUGCUGUCAAUGCGUCUCUAGUGGCAUUGUCUAAGUUUGCCAUCUUUUGUACCGAGCCGUUCCGUAUUCCAUUCGCAGGCAGAGUGGAUGUCUGUUGUUUUGACAAAACUGGUACGAUAACUGCGGAAAAUCUCGUGUUAGAAGGAGUGGCAGGGGUCGACCCAUCUAAUCCCAGGAAGCUGGUUAAUGUGAAAGAGGCAAGCCGUGACACAACACUAUGUUUAGCCGCUGCCCACGCCCUUGUGCAAUUGGAUGAUGGAACCAUCGUUGGAGACCCUAUGGAGAAGACGACCUUAGAGUCACUCGACUGGGCCGUGUCUAGGGGUAUGCAUUUGGGUUUCUUCUCUACAUUAACUGAAUAUGCGUUGCGUUUAGACGUGGUAACUGCCAGGGAGAAGACAGCGCCACACCGGACGUCUAUUUCAAUCCGUCGACGCUUCCAAUUUUCCUCUGCUUUGAAGCGCAUGUCCACUGUUUCGCAUUUGCCCACCGGCGCAGUCCUCGUUGCUGUAAAAGGUGCCCCCGAGACAAUAAAGAGUAUGCUUUCCAGCAUUCCCAAGGAUUACGACGAGACCUUCAAGUGGUACACUCGUAGAGGGAGUCGCGUGCUCGCUCUCGGAACGAAGGAACUACCAAAUAUGGGAGCUGAUAAAAUCCACCGACUUCAGAGGGAGCGAGUUGAAUCCCAGCUCAGGUUCGCGGGAUUUUUGGUCUUCCACUGCCCGCUCAAGGAGGAUGCCGUAGUGUCUCUGAAAAUGCUGGCGGAUUCGUCUCAUAGGUGUAUCAUGAUUACAGGUGAUAACCCUCUCACCGCCGUGCACGUUGCCAAAGAAGUCGAGAUCGUCGAUCGGGAUGCUUUGAUACUCGAUGUUCGGGAGGGUGCAACUGAUCCCACAGACUUGCAAUGGCGGACUGUUGAUGAGAGCAAGAUCAUUUCUGUGGACCCAUCGGAACCAAUAGACGUGUCGUUGUUCAACGAAUACGACAUCUGUGUCACUGGUGCAGCUCUCAGGCAGUAUGAAGGGAGGGCGGGAAUUAACGAUCUCGUCAACAAUACCUGGGUCUACGCGCGCGUUUCGCCUACUCAGAAAGAGUAUAUCCUUACCACGCUGAAGAAUCUUGGUUACACUACACUCAUGGCGGGAGACGGAACGAAUGACGUUGGUGCCCUCAAACAGGCCGAUGUUGGUGUAGCACUGCUUGAUGGCACUCCAGCAGACUUGCAAAAGAUUGCUGAGCACCAGAGAAAUGAGCGCGUCAAGUCCGUUUACGAGAGUCAACUCAAGAUCUCACAACGAUUCAACCAGCCACCUCCCCCUGUUCCACCAGCCAUCGCUUCGCUCUAUCCCGAGCUUGUUGCGGCACAGCAAAAAGCAAAGGAGGCCCAAGCUGACGCAAGGAAGAAGAAUCCAAUGGAGAAAUUCGAUUUGGCUUCCAUUACAAACACAAUGGCUGAUUUAGAUGACGAUAACGAGCCUCCCAAAAUUAAACUGGGGGAUGCUUCUUGCGCUGCUCCAUUCACUUCCAAAUUGUCCAAUGUUUCGGCUAUUACAAAUAUAAUUCGCCAAGGCCGCUGCACAUUAGUUGCUACUAUCCAGAUGUAUAAGAUCUUGGCUUUGAACUGUCUCAUCACCGCGUAUAGCUUGAGCGUUCAGUACCUAGAUGGAAUCAAGUUCGGUGAUUAUCAAGUGACGAUAACGGGGAUUUUGAUGUCUGUGUGUUUCCUUUGCAUAUCGCGAGCCAAGCCUGUGGAGCAGCUUUCCCGCGAGCGCCCUCUCGGAAACAUUUUCAACUUCUAUGUUCUCCUCUCCGUUCUCAUUCAAUUUGCGAUCCAUAUUGCAUCGUUGGUUUAUAUCACCAAUCUGUCCAAUUUAUUCGAAGUUCGAGGACCCAUCGAUCUUGAUGCCAAGUUUGAGCCUAACCUCCUGAACACUGCCAUAUACCUCCUCAGCCUCUCGCAACAAGUUUCAACGUUUGCCAUUAAUUUCCAGGGUCGUCCUUUCCGUGAAGGCAUCAGGGAGAACAGUGCCCUGUGGUGGGGCCUUGUCGGUGCCUCAGCCGUCGCUUUCUCAGGUGCGACAGAUUUCAUUCCUGAGCUGAAUAGAUGGCUGCAGAUCGUGGAAAUGCAAAACUCCUUCAAGUUCAGCCUCACCACCGCGAUGAUCCUUGAUUUUGCAGGAUGUUGGGUGGUCGAAGUUGCUUGUAAAGCCUUCUUUGCUGAUCUCGCACCGAAACCAAUCGUUCUGAAGGGUUGGAAGCGGCGAGAAAAAAGGCGGACGGAACAGCUGCGACUGGAGCAAUUAGAGAAGGCCAAAGCAGAACUCGCGGAGCAAAAAGAAGAUUAGAAAUAAUACACCUGAGUCCACCCUCAUUGUAAUCGAAAUCGGACUCUGUCGGUAGCACAUUACGGCUCGGUAGUAUUUAGGAUACAUAGAUUUGCAUGGUAAUUGUCAGGAACAUGAUAUAUACGCCCAUUUCUUAGCUGUGCACAGACUUAGCAUGGCACGUUGCGGUCCAUUCCUCUCGACUUGGCCGCCACAUGCAAUGGAACACUG